AUGGUCCGCUACCCGUCAAUACUACUAGCCUUACCGAUAGUCCUUAAGAGUGGCAUGGCGGUGAUUGUUGCUCCGUUUGCAGUAGAGUGGAAAGUCUACAGUAAUACAUGGAAGUUGCCUGUGCGAGAUAUAUGUAAACUCCCACAUGGCAUGAACAGAAUAGGUCCAAGUGCGGCCAAGACCAUAGUAGAAGGGCAUACUAACCCUGCGAGAGCGGAUGUAUCCAAUGAGUGUGGUAUAUUCCUCUUCGUCGCAGGACGUCCGCCAUCGGCCGGGUCGUGGCACGGCUCUGGCCGCGGAGAGUGCACGGUAUGUACGAAGAGCAUCAUAGGCAUUUCAUCUAGAAGGGAUGCCCCUCAAUGUCAUGCGGAGCAAGGUACUGCCGAGCCUGGCCGCUCCUUUGACCGCCAUAAGCGGCAGAACCUCGUCGACCUCACUGAAGAAUUUACGGAUAUAAGCGGCUAUAUGCGGAUAUACUUUUGA